AUGAAACUGGUUUAUUUCUCAUAGUCACAAUCACAGGAUAGAUCAGAGGAUGAAGUGUGACGAAGAUAACAUUUUAAGACAUUGCUGAGAGACAUGUCAACCAACUGCUCUCUUAUUAAGUGAAUCUUUAUAAUCACUGCAGGUGUGGUAGCCGAGGUAAGAAUGACAGUUAAGUACCAAACUUUGACGGAGACAACAAUGGACAUAGACGAUGGAAAUCUUAGCUACAAGCACCUUAUCAUUGAUGGCAUUAAGUUUCAAUAUUCUGUAUAUGCACUGAGGAACAGCCCUGUUAGGGUUGCUGCGCUUGCCCUUGGGUUUCUGUGUGUAUCCCUGGUGGCUGGUCUCAUUGGUCAGUCUGCCCACUACCGGAAAUUGGGCAAUGAAAAUCAGAACAAGUUAGAAGCUGUUAGAGGGGAGAGAGACAAUCUACAGUCCAACCUGAAGACUGCACAGAAUGACAAAAAGAAUCUUGAGGUCACUCAUGACCAUUUACAACAAAAUUACGAUUAUAUGGCUAAAUCAAAAUAUCAAAUGAAUACCAAAAACAGCCAACUAUCAGAGGAAGUAACCAAACUUAAACAGAGUGAAAGCACAUUGCAAGCUAGUAACGCUGCUCUGAGCAAAGAACUUGAUGAGCUUAAGGCCACUAAGGAGCAGUUGCAGACUGAUAACGAAGCCUUGUUGACUUCUAGAGACUCACUUCAAACAAAGUAUGAUUCAAUAGCCAAGAGCAAAAAGGACUUACAGGCCAACUUUGACACAGCGACAAAAGAGAGGGACAAUUUGCAGAACCAAUUUAAUAAUGCAACAAGGUCAAAAGAGAAGCUGCAAAACGAUUAUAACAGUCUGACCAAGGAUAUUGAGCACCUAGAGGAAAGAUAUCGUGCCUCCUCCAAUGAGAGAGACAACAUUGCAAGCAGUCACCAAAAUCUGACAUUGGAGAAAGAAAAUCUACAGGCCACGUACACCACACUUUCCAAAGCCACUGACAAAUUAUUGGCAUCCUACAAUUCCGUAAUUGAGGAGAAGAAAUAUCUUGAAAGCUGCUUGAAAAAUGUGACUGCAGAGAGAGACCUGCAGAGUGUGGAAAUCAGCAACAUGAGUUCUGAGGUUGACCAGCUGCGAGCCACCGUCACAAGACUGAACGCAACUGCGAAAGUCUGUCCAAGUGACUGGAAGAAGUUUGACAAAAGUUGCUACUUUGCUUCUCAAACCAAAGACACAUGGUAUUUGAGCAAAGACUACUGUGAAUACAAAAAAUAACAUCUGGUCAUUAUAAACAGCCAUGAAGAAAUGAAAUUUGUCAAUAACUUGUUUUCAAGUAAUGGAGAAAUCUGGAUUGGCUAGACUGAUGAGGGAGUUGAAGGUCACUGGCUGUGGGUGGAUGGGACUCCAUUGUCCCUACAGUUUUGGGCUGAUGGCCAACCGAACAGUUACAGUGGCAACCAGGACUGUGGAGAGUUUUGGUACCGUUCUUCUGGAAAUGCCGAGUGGAAUGAUGAAAAAUGUAGUUCAUAUAGAUAUUGGGUUUGUGAGAUGUAGAUUUGUCUUUUGAUUAGUUUUUAAAUGUGAUUUUUGAAUGAUUGAACUUUGAUGAAAAAAUAGCUGCACCUGUAAAGCAUUUAUGCACAUAAAGAGAGGGCCUUAAAAGGAAAGUACAGAACCUAAGGCUGUUUUCCCCUUAUUUCAUUGGCUGGCAUUGAGAGCGAUAGACGUCCAAUGCAUUUGUACUGGGAGGGGCUGGCAGUGAAUGUUCAUUUCCAUCUCCUCCUAGUUAAAAUGGAUUGAACAUCUAUCUCCAUCCAUUGGCAGUCAAAGAGUGAAACAGUGAAAUAUGGAUGACAUAGGCACAAAAAAUGCGAUAUGCUAUGCAAUUAAAUUUUAGAACUGAAUUUUUAUGUUCUUGCUUCAGAGUUCCUACUUCUUCAUAGUAAUCUUGGAUGUGUACACGUAUUAUUCUGACUGAUAACAUGUUGUGGAUUCCCUGUAAUGAUACAUGUAUAAGAGCAUAAACACCUCUGGAAUCUGUAUGAGCUAAUCAAUUAUGCAAAUAAGUUUCGGUGGUUAGAGAAGCUAUAAAACUGACCUUCCUUUGUGCUAGUUGGGUAUAUGAAGCAUCACCUUUGUAGGUUCGAUUUAACUCUCAAAAUGGCCCGAAAAAGAGAACUUUCAUGUGAAACUCGACAAUCUAUUCGUGUUCCUAGAAAUGAAGGCUAUUUCAUAAGAGAAAUUGGCAAGAAAUUGAAGAUUUUCUUCAACUGUGUGUACUACUACUCCCUUCAAAUAGCAGAAAGUAGAAAGAGAAGUGGGCGGCCCCGGUGCACAACCGAGCCAAAAGACUGAAGAGUACUGAAGAGUCUCUAGUUUGAAAAAUAGAUGCCUCGCAGGUCCUCAUUCAGCAGCUUCAUUAAAUAGUAUCCGUAAAACGCCAGUGUCAACGUCUAAAGUGAAGAGACGACUCUGGGAUGCUGGCUGUCAGGUAAGCGUGGCAAAGAAAAAAGCCACAUCUGAGACAGGCCAUUAAAAGGAAACAAUUAAUAUGGGCAAAAGAACACAGACAUUGGAGAGAGGAAGAUUGAAAAAAAGUGAAAAAAGACAGAUGAAUCGAAGUUUGAGGUGUUUGGACUUUGGAUCACAGGAAAGAACAUUUGUGAGACGCAGAACAACUGAAAAGAUGCUGGAAGAGUGCCUGAUGUCAUUUGUCAAGCAUGAUGGAUGUAAUGUGAUGUUCUGGGGCUGCUUUGGUGCUAGUAAAGUGGGAUAUUUGUACAAGGUUAACAGGAUUUUAAAUAAGGAAGGCUAUCACUCCAUUUUGCAGCACCAUGCCAUACCCUGUGGACAACGCUUGAUUGGAGUCAAUUUUCUCCUACAACAGGACAAUGACCCAAAGCACAGCUCCAAAUUAUGCAACUAUUUAAGGAAAAAACAGGCAUCUGGUGUGCUAUCUGUGAUGGAGUGGCCAGCACAGUCAACAGAUCUACAUCCCACUGAGCUGUUGUGUGAGCAUCUUGACCGUAAGCUAAGAAGUGCGCAUCAAGCCAAUCCAAAUUGUGGGAGGUGGUUGUGGAAGCGUGGAGUUUCUCCAGAUUACCUCAACAAAUUUACUGCUGGAAUGCCAAAGGUCUGCAGCGCUGUAAUUGUUGCAAAGUGAGCAUUCUUUAAUGAAAGGCCCAACCCAAGUUUGAAGGAGAAAAUUAUUAUUUCAAAUACAAAUCCUCAUUUCUAACCUUAUCUAUGUCUUGAAUAUAUUUUCAAUUCAUUUUGCAACUCAUUUAAAAAAUAAAAUUGUGACUUUUGAAGGAAAACACAAAAUUGUCUUGUUGACCCCAAACUUUUAUACUGUUAGUGUAAAUGUAUAAUAUAUAUACAGUAUGUAUAUGGCGGAAAACACUCAGGUGACUUGAAGUUCCGCUCUGAGACAAACCAAAUUAGCCAACUUUUAAAAUGGCCUGAUAUGCACGUGUGAUACAUCAUUAGAAAGCUUAAAAUCUCAACUUUCUGGGGGAAGAAAAAUUUUGAACAGGAUGGCAUUUAAAAAAAAAAAAAAAAAAAUCUAAACAGUAAAACCCUAACUGGAGGUGAGAGCACGAGAGAGCAGAAUUACAGACGCAGACACAACUGGAUUUUUGGGGGAUUUAAUGGGUGAAACAUGGUAAUAUAACAAGGGUCACGAUGCAGAAAUCGCAGACAUCAAGGAGUGGUCGAAAUUUUCUUUUUCAUAUAUUUACCAUUUGAAACAUUUUUUUUUCUUCCAAUUUUUCUUUGUUUGGAUUGAUUAUUUAUCGUCUAACAUAUCGGAAAAAUUGUGACAGAUACAAAAAAAAAAAAAAAAAAAAAAAAAAUACAAUUAAGCGAUAGUUAUGAGGUAAGUAUCCGUGACUUUUUUACAGACACCGUUUUUUUCAUUGUGAUGUAAUUUGUUUAAAAUAUGCGAGUGAAUAAUUUUUAAAAGUCGUUUUCUUUUUUAAAAAUGAAAUAUGAGACAUCAAUUAAUGAUUUUAAGCUAAAAAUGACAGAGAUUUUGAAUAAUAAUUAUACCGUAAUUUCCAGAAUAUAAGGCGCACCCGUGUAUAAUGCGCACCCCAAAUUUACUUGUAAAAUCUAGGGAAAAUUAUUGUACCUGUUUAUAACGUGCACCCUAAUUUUAGCACCAAUAAAUAGAAGAAUACAAGAAAACAGAGCUCGUGUACAGAUACAGAAAUGUCAUUUUACUGACUGGUGAAACACAGCACAAGCAUAGCAUAUUGGUAGUUCAAAAUAUUACCAUAAACUGACAAUAUUUACAGUAAUAAUAUGAUUUGACAACUUUCUCCAACUUACCAGAAUCUAGGAGAAAACAAAACAGAUGUGACUUUUCUUUUAAAGGCUGCUGUAUAACUUGGUCGUUUCAUUAUGAUGAAUAAAUGUUUCUUCCAUGGAUUGAUACGGUAAAAUGAAAGUGAGAACGUAAGUCGGAAAUCCGAGAGAGCUCAUCGCUGUUGACAAGACAGUAACAAUACAGUAGGUACUAUUGUUAUUUGGGUUUGAGUUUCCCGAGGGACAGAUAUAGUUGACAGACACACACAGGAAGUCUGUGUUGUUACGUUUGUUAUGGUCCGAGUUGCGGAGCUGCAAUAAACGUUGACUCAAGUUCAAGAGACUAAAUACUGUGCUUUAUGAAGAAUGACAUGGGGAAAACAUACCAGUGGCUGGCAAAGGCCGGACUGAUAGACAGCACGGAGGCACUGAUCAUGGCAGCACAAGAACAGGCCCUAAACACAAAAUCAAUAGAGGCCGGGGAUCUAUCGCACCAGACAGGACCCCAGGUGCAGGCUGUACAAAGAGGCCCCUGAGACAGUCGAGCACAUCACAGCAGGUUGUAAGAUUCUGGCAGGCAAGGCAUACAUGGAAUGACAUAACCAGGUAGCAGGCAUAGUGUACAGGAACGUCUGUGCCGAGUACUGACUGGAGACCCCGGAGUCAAGGUGGGCGACACCUCCAAAGGUGGUCAAGAACAACCGAGCCAAGAUCUUAAGGGGCUUCCAGAUCCAGACAGACAAACUGGUGAUGGCCAACCAGCCUGACAUAGUGGUAGUGGAUAAACAUCAGACGACAGCAGUAGUGAUAGAUGUAGCAAUCCCGAGCGAUAGCAACACCAGGAAAAAAAGAACACGAUAAGCUGGAGAAAUAUCAAGGGUUAAGGGAAGAGUUGGAGAAAAUGUGGGGAGUGAAGGCAAGAGUGGUGCCAGUAGUGAUCGGGACACUAGGGGCAGUAACCCCCAAGCUAGAUACCAGGAACAACGACCGACAUCUCCAUUCAGAAGAGCUCGAUCCUAGGGACAGCGAAGAUCCUGCACAGAACCCUCAAGCUC